AUGGCAGCCACGUUGACGGGUGGGAGCCCACACAUUGUACAACUUCCGACGACUGCGAGUAGCCCACCAGCCGAUGCUCAAGUUAUCGCACAAAAAUGGUUGGAAGCUCUUGAAGCACAGCUCUCCAGACCAGAAACCAUUGAUCUUCAUGCUCUCUUCCAUAAUGAGUCCUGGUGGCGAGAUAUGCUUGCCUUAGACUGGGAUAUGCGCACACUCCACGGCGCCACGCAAAUCAAGGAGUUCCUCAGUGAAAAUAAGGCCAAACAGCUAUCAAAUUUCCAACUUCAGAGCCAGGGACAGUUUAAGCCUCACUGGGAGCAAGUAAUCAAUGGCCUGAGCUGGGUAUCGAGCAUGUUCUUCUUCGAAACGCUUGUUGGCCGGGGAACUGGUAUGGUGCGUCUGACUCAAGAAAAAGAUGGACAAUGGAAGGCGUAUGCCAUGUACACUUCUCUGCAGGAACUGAAAGGUGCAGAGGAGCCUCUUGGAAAACGACGUCCGGAGGGUACAACUGAAUCGAUGCCCGGGGGAUUGGCUGCUGGAACAUGGAUUGAACGAAGAGAACGACAGAAGGAGUUUCUCGAUGCCGAGCCCACAGUGCUGGUCGUCGGAGCCGGACAAGCUGGAUUAAACAUGGGUGCACGUUUGCAGAAUCUCGGACUAUCAUGUCUUCUCGUUGACAAGCACGAGCGUAUUGGAGAUAACUGGCGGAAACGCUAUCGGACCCUCGUCACCCACGACCCAGCCGAAUUCACCCACAUGGCAUACCUUCCAUUCCCCAAGAAUUGGCCACAGUUCACCCCUAAAGACAAACUGGGCGAUUGGUUUGAAGCAUAUGCAAGCAUAAUGGAGCUGAACGUCUGGAUGAAAACCUCGGUGAUCUCAGCCGAGUACAAUGAUGCGACUGCAGAAUGGAGUGUUGCUGUGACUAGAGGUGAUGGUUCCCAACGCAUACUUCAUCCCCGCCAUAUCGUCUGGUGUACAGGACACUCGGGCGAGGCUCAUAUUCCGAGUUUCCCUGGACAAGACUCUUUCCAAGGAAUUCUAUACCACGGUAGUCAACACACAGAUGCCUCUGAGUCAGAUAUUCGCGGCAAGAAAGUGGUGGUUGUGGGUACUGGCAAUAGUGGCCACGACAUUGCACAGAACUACUACGAGAACGGUGCAGAUGUGACAAUGCUUCAGCGCAAAGGAACAUAUGUUAUUACUGCAGAUAAGGGAGUCUUUAUGAUGCAUGAAGGACUCCACGAGGAUGGAGGUUCUCCAACUGAAGAAGUGGAUAUUGCCUCCGAAAGUCUUCCCUUCCCAGUCCAAUUUGCGCUCAGUGUACAUAUGACCGAGCGGAUCGCAAGCGCCGAAAAGGAAACAUUAGAUGGGCUCCGCCGUGCAGGAUUUCAACUAGACUUUGGACCCGAUGGAGCUGGUAUCGCGCGUGCAUAUUUCACCCGCGGUGGCGGGUAUUACAUCGAUGUGGGAUGCAGCCAGCUCAUUAUUGAUGGCAAGAUCAAGGUAAAACACAGCCCAGGAGGUAUCAAGGGAUUUGGCCCUCGUGAGCUGCAGAUUGCUGAUGGUAGUACUCUGGCUGCUGAUGUGGUUGUUCUUGCUACUGGGUAUGACAAUAUGCGGACCACUGUGCGGAAGGUGGUGGGUGACAAGGUAGCCGAUCGAUGCUUGGAUGUGUGGGAUCUGGAUAAUGAAGGGGAAGUACGAGCGAUGUGGCGCCCAAGCGGACAUCCUGGUUUCUGGUUCUUUGGCGGCAACCUCGCAUUGUGCCGUAUUUACUCCAAGUUCUUAUCGCUUCAAAUCAAGGCCAUCGAAUCUGGCCUCAAGAGCCCAAACCCCCAGAGUCGAGAGACUAAGAUUUGA